GCACUCAAAACUCCUGAAUUUCUGGACUGGAUUUGACUACCUGCCAGUAGGAGGACAGGUCGAGCAACUUCUGCCAGCGUUGAAGACCACGACUGGAAGCAAAAAGGGUGUAGGACGGAGGAGAAGGAGAAAACUGUCUGAGGUGUGCCUAAUGAAGGAGAAAAGAAGCUGAGGUUGAGAAGGAGGCAGGGUUGACGGAGAAGGUGGUGCGGAGAUUGAGCUGGUGCUGUGGAAAACACAGAGCUGAGUUUUCUGUGAUUGUAGAGAGAACAUUUACAAGAACGAAGGGCGCUGAGGUCCAGAAGAGCAAGCUACAAUGAGGCGUGUUUUUGGGGUGAAGAAGGAUAAACCUCCGGCAGUGACAGUGGAUGAUGCCGCAGAAAAUAUCAACAAACGUGGAGAUGUGCUGACUGAGAAGAUAAAAAAGCUGGAUGCAGAACUCCUUGUUUUCAAGAAACAGCUUGCUUCAGCAAAAUCUCCACAAGCAAAAUUGGCUAUUCAAAAUCGGGCAAUGCGUGUCCUGAAGUUGAAAAAGCAGUACGAGGGGCAGAGAGACAAUCUGUAUGAUCAGGCAUUUAACUUGGAGCAAGUGGCAUUUGCAACACAGGGAAUGAAGGAUAGCAUGCAAACGAUGGAAGCGAUGAAAGCAGCAAACAAGGAGCUGAAAGGCCAGUACAAGCACCUAAAGAUAGAAGAUGUGGAGAGAAUGCAAGAUGAUAUGAUGGACCUGAUGGAUUACUCAACAGAGGUACAGGAAGCUUUGGGGAGGAGCUACUCUGUUCCAGAUGAUAUAGACGAGGAUGAGCUUUUGGGAGAAUUAGAAGCGUUGGAAGCCGACAUGGAUGCGGAGGUGGAGGGCAGUUCUGUUCCAUCAUACCUGGCACCUGAACCAGAAGUGGAACUGCCCUCUGCACCAAUUGGUGUCCCUGCAGGGCCUUCUGGGUCUGGCAGUAUAGCCGUACAGCAACCACAGGCUGCGGACGAGCUUGGACUUCCCCGCGUUCCUCAGGCAUCCGUACGCACAUGAUUGAUGGAUUGCUUCAUUGAAAAAUCUCUACGGAAUAUAUAUUCCGUCGCUUGAUAAGAACGUUGAGGCAAGAAACCGGGUUGUCUCCUCGCUGCAUUUGCUUCCCAACUUCCAGCAUCUCGAGCCGCACGACAGUGGCUCUGGUUGCUGAAUACCUUUGCAUCAUGCAAUACGGAUAUACGGAGUUCACGACAGAUCGAAACUCCAUCGCAUAAUGCAGUACGCAUUUCAGAAAGCUGCACGACCCCCAAAAUGACGAGGAACCGAGUGAUUUGCGUCGGGCAAGGCUAGAGGUAAAAAGCGAACAGCGAAUUCGUCAAAGCAGCUGACAAUGUUGCGUGGUACGUGAAGGAGGGAAGAACAGAAAGGUGCCUCUUGUGUGUGCGUCACGUGUUAGAGUGGCAGUUCUCAGAACUGAGAGAGGAGAGGGAGGUGAGCCAUACGUUGUGCUUGUCACUCGGAUCAGCGGGAGAGACCAAUCAACCGCUUCUAAAAGGACGACGGCAAAUGAAAAAUUGUGUAUAGCAAAGGUUGAAAGAUUGACACUGGCUUCUAGUAGGUUUAUGCUAAUGUCGAACAAGGACCGCGAGGAGGUAUUGCCCCAAGCUUGAACUGUGUCUGCAUAGACGUGCAGCCAUCACACAUGCAAGCUUCAAAAGGGAUUGAAGCAUGAACAUAAAUGGCUGCUGGGUUGCACAGGAAAAGCCUUCUCUCUCUCUCUCUCUCUCUCUCUCUCUCUCUCUCUCUCUCUCUCUCUCUCUCUCUCUCUCUCUCUCUCUCUCUUAACGUGCAAGGGGCUUUCUGCACCAUGUUGUGUGUACACACACAUAUAUAUGUAUAGAGAGAGAGAGAGAGAACCUCCUGACGAGUCGGUGAAACUCCGACGAAACAGUUUGUCACAGCCCCUCCCUCGUUUGUUGUCCUCUUCUCCCUCUCACUCUCUGCCUACGGUUUACCGUCGGCAGCUCUGUUUGACGAUACAUAGAGAGAAUCCGAAUUGUUGUUUAUGGUUGUGGACGCGUUCAACAGAAGCCACAACUCUGUGUUGAUUUUAAUUUGUUCUCGCUUGCUUUACGGGGCUC